GACCCGGAUGGCCGUUUAGUCGGUGCUUAGACGCCGAGGCUGCUACAUCGGGCCUUGGACAAAUUACAAAGCAGGGGGAGGGGGGGGAUAGUGUAAUCCGCCUCCAUCCUCCGUCUAGGACUCCCUUCCGCCCCCGGGAAGCUCGUAUCCGGAUAGAGCGGACCGAGCCCGAUCCGACGAGAGGCACGUUUCGUGGGGAGCCAGGAGGAACCAUCGUACUCAAUGACCUUACAGCGCAAUGUCAGAUCGUUUGGGGCAAACAGCAAAGGGGAAGGAUGGAAAAAAGUAUUCAUCGCUCAACCUGUUUGAUACGUACAAGGGCAAGUCCUUAGAGAUCCAGAAACCCACAGUCACUCCCCGCCAUGGCUUGCAGAGUCUCGGUAAAGUUGCCAUUGCCCGGCGCAUGCCACCCCCUGCGAACCUGCCAAGUUUAAAAGCAGAGAACAAAGGCAAUGACCCCAACGUCUCACUAGUGCCGAAAGACGGGACAGGAUGGGCAAGCAAGCAGGAACAGCCAGACCCAAAGAGUACCGAUGCCUCGACAGCUCAGCCGCCGGAAUCGCAGUCACCGCCGGCUUCACAGACGUCUGCCUCAAACCAACCGAAACGACCCCCAACAGCCCCAGAGAAUCCCCCUACAGUAGCAAGCGGGGUAAAGUCUUGGGCACAGGCCAGCGUUACCCAUGGAGCGCAAGGAGAUGGUGGAAAGGGAUCAAGCCUACUGUCGCGAUUCUCUCGCGAGGAAUUUCCGACCCUGCAGGCGGCUGGCGACCAGGACAAAGCUGGCAAAGAAAAGGACACUACCGAUGCGUCGUAUGGGCCCGGACCAAACCUCCGCCCCCAGAACGCAACCAGUUGGCGGGAUGGAGGCGGGCGGGGCACCGAUGGGGAGCUGCUGCCUGAGGAUGGACGGGCUGUGGUCGGCAUGCAGCCCAAUGUCCCGCCUCAGUUCCCUCCUUACCGGGGGAUGAUGCCGCCAUUUAUGUAUCCCCCGUACCUCCCGUUCCCGCCUCCCUAUGGGCCGCAAGGACCUUACCGCUACCCCUCAGCUGAAGCACAGAGGUUCCAGAGGCUUCCAGGACCCCGCCCCUCGCAGCCUCCACUGCGUAUGCCGGAGCCUGUGAGCAGGCCGCCUGUCCUCAAACAGGACGACCUGAAAGAAUUUGAUGAGCUGGACCAGGAGAAUGAUGAAGGCUGGGCAGGAGCCCACGAAGAAGUGGACUACACUGAGAAGCUGAAAUUCAGUGAUGAAGAAGAUGGGAAGGAUUCUGAUGAAGAAGCCACUGAGAACCGCAACAAUGAGGUCUCUGGCCCUGAAAGCCAACCGUCAGCUCCAGACGCAAAGGCCGGAACCCCAAAAGAGGAUCAGCCUCCUGUGAAGAUGGCCUGGGCUGAAAACGCACGUCCCCAGGAGGGCACCAAAGAGCUGCCACCACCUUCCCCUGCAGUCCGGCCACCGCCUCCGCCGCCACCCCCACCCAACCGGGGCAACUGGGGGCAACCAAAUGACUUCCCAGACCGCCCUAUGCGGCCACUUCCUCCAGAGGAUGAGGAUGAAGCUUGGCGUCAGCGCCGGAAGCAGUCAUCCUCAGAGAUCUCUGCUGCAGUGGAGCGUGCCCGGCGUCGGCGGGAAGAAGAGGAGCGGCGCAUGCAAGAGGAGCGGCGUGCUGCUUGUGCUGAGAAACUCAAACGACUAGACGAGAAGUUUGGUGCGCCCGACAAGCGGCUGAAGCCAGAGUCUCCCAAGGAGCCACCUACCCCUCCGCCGGCUCCCAUGGCAGCACCACCCACUCCACCAGCUGUACCAGCCCCUCCAGAGGAGAAGAGGGAGAAAGAGGAGCCAGUUUUAGCUAGCAAGGCUCGUGGUGCGGUUGGGGGCAGCAGCGGUGGGAACAGCCUGGACUCAAGCAGUGCAGCUGAGCCACCGCUGGCACCUCCCCCCAAAGAAGUACCUGAGGUAAGGGAAGAGCCUGUGCCUUUAUCUGGGCCUGCUCUCCCAGCAGCUCCCAACCCAGCCAAGACAGAGCCCAAGGGAGAAACUGUUCUUCAGCCACGCCAGCCGCCUCCAGCUCAGACUCUUGGCUAUUCAAAGUAUCAGAAGUCCUUGCCCCCUCGCUUCCAGAGGCAACAGCAGGAGCAGUUGUUGAAGCAGCAGCAGCAGUGGCAGCAGCAGCACAACCAGGCUCAGCCCCCAUUGCCGUCCUCUACACAGCAGCAGGUAGCUGCAGCUCCCCUUGCUGCUAUGGGCCCCUCAGGCAGUGUCCACCCUCAAGCUGGGCCACCAGGGCAGCAGCAAGCCCCAGCCCCGCCUCCAGCGCAACAGGCUCCGCCCAAAGGCAUGUACCCAGGUUCCAUUGGACGGCCUCCGCCAAUGCCGCAGAUGAACUUUGACCCUCGCUGGAUGAUGAUUCCACCCUACAUGGACCCACGCAUGAUGCAGGGGCGGCCUCCUAUGGAUUUCUACCCACCUGGGGUGCACCCUUCUGGUCUUCUGCCCCGCGAGCGAUCAGACAGUGGGGGCUCCAGCUCAGAGCAGUUUGAUCGUCACCCUCCCAUCCUCCGAGAGCGUGGCACCCCACCAGUUGAUCCCAAGCUGGCCUGGGGCGGAGAUGUCUUCACGAAUGCCCCAUCAAGUGCAGACACGCGACCUCAAGCAGCAGGUCUUCGGCAGCAAGAGGAGGAAGAAAAGGGGCUGAGGAGUGAGACUCCUCCAGUACGCCUGCGUGAGGCUGUCACCCCCCAGCCCUAUAUGGGGAACUACCAAGGUUUCUCUGAAAAUGGCAACCCUGCCCCGCUGCACCGCUUCCCAGCAGAUGAGCCACCACGGCCAGGAGCACCCUGGCAAGGUAGUGUGGCUCUGACAGCACCAGCAGAGGUGAGCAGAAAUGGGCGCACUGAAUCCCAGGUUCAGCCAUCCCGCAAAAUUGAGGAGGAAUCACAGCUGCUGCAUCAUGAUCCUCCUGAAGAGAUCAAAUCGGUUGAGCCUCCAGUCAUUCGGCCCAUAGUAACUAAGAAACCUCCCUCAGAACAGUCUAAAGAGGAGACUCCACCCAAAGAGGAGGUACUGCGCAGAGUGGAGAAACCUCCACGGCAGCAGCAUGAAUUCCACAAGCAGCCACGACGUGAGUCCAAGACAGAGACGCGCUGGGGUCCCCGUCCUGGCAGCAGUCGCAGAACUGAGGAAAUUGUUGGGGAUAAGGUGCCACGGCGAGCUGGGCCUAUCAAGAAACCGCCUCCCCUUAAGGAGACAAAAGAUGAGAGCGAAGAGGCGCGUCCUAGUGGGAAGGCCAAGGAAGGUGGAGAGCCAGUGAACAGCAAGCCUGAACCCCCUAAAGAGACCCCAAAACCAGGCAAAGAGAACAAGGCUAAGCCAGUGGUCAAUGGUGGAACAGUGAUGCCACCCAAAGAGCAGCAGCAGCAGCAGCAGCAGCAACAGGGGACACUCUCACCAAGCCGCCGCCGCCGAGAGGGCCCAUAUGAGCGUGGUGGCUACACUGGUCGUGGUCGAGCCAGAGGGAGAGGAGAGUAUUUUGCCCGAGGGCGGGGUUUUAGGGGGGCUUAUAGUGGGCGCGGAAGAGGAGGUCGCGGUAGAAGCCGGGAGUUCCGCAGCUACCGUGAACCUUUCUACCGACUGGAUGAUGGCACCAGUAAAGUCACAGGAUCAGGCUCCACUUUCCGCCCGCGCAACACCAGCGAGACACGUAGUGAGGGCUCUGAGUACGAAGAGAUCCCCAAACGGCGACGCCAGCGUGGCUCUGAGACCGGAAGUGAGACUCAUGAAAGUGCAAGUGAUGUGGCUCAUUCAGACAAAGAGGUCACCAAAGAACCGGCCCCGAGCCACCGUAACAGGGGCGCCCCAGUGACUUCUACAUCAGUGCCCUCUUCCCAGCCCCCUGGCUUGCCUCGAUUUGCUGACAAGAUGCCCCCACGCCUCUCCGACCCUAGCACUCGUGGUGGUCGUGUCUUCACUCCCCGUGGUGUACCUUCACGUCGGGGCCGAGGAGGUGGUCGCGCACCCCCUGGUGGAUGGAGUCCUCCAUCUAAGCCACAGCCCAACAAGAAACCUGAGAAGCAGCAAGAGGUAGUGUUGGAGUCUUCAGUCAAGGAAAAGGCAUUGCCAGUUCCCCCAUCAAUGGCCCCUGAAGAACCCAGCAGCUUCCAAGCCCCUCCUAAACAGCAGCAGCUUGGCCCCGGCCCGGACCGCAACUUUGAGAGACCCCCUCGGCGGCGGCGCCAUGGGCGUUCACAGCAACAGGACAAGCCCCCCCGGUUCCGGAGGCUGAAACAGGAGCGAGAGAACGCAGCCCGACUCAAUGGUGAGCAGAGGGUCAGCCAGCCAUUCUCUCCAGCUCCUUCAGUCCCACUCCAGGAGGAAUCAGCGGCCCGGCGGGCUGCUGGCACAAAAUCUCCUGAUCUGUCCAACCAGAAUUCAGACCAGGCGAACGAAGAGUGGGAAACAGCUUCAGAGAGCAGUGACUUCACUGAGCGUCGGGGUGGGGGCGAGAAGGAGCCAGCACCUGGCGGGCCUCCCCCCACUGCUUUUUUGAAAGGUGGCUGUUCCGGUGCUCCUUCUAUGGGUGGGCGGGCCUCAAACAACGAGCUCAGCUUGGCCCAGCGCAAAGAGAUGUCCAAGCGCAGCUUUUCCAGUCAGCGGCCAGGCAUGGACCGACAGAACCGGCGCUCCAACCCUGGUCCCGGUGGAGGAGGCAAGACAGGUCGUGGAGGGGCCGGCAGUGGGCGCAGCGGAGGCGACAAGAGGAGUUGGCCGUCUCCCAAGAACCGCAGCCGAAACACUGAUGACCACUCUCCAGGCCUGAGCCUGCCUCCAGCCCCCACCACAAGUACAGUGUAUCGCCUGGACCGAGUCAUUCACAGCGACCCAGCUGGCAUCCAGCAAGCCCUGGCUGAACUGGGCAGCCGCCAUACUAAGCCUGCCUCACCUGGUCCCCCCCAGCCACUCUUCCCGGGUCCUGGAGGUGGCACCUCUGCCCUUCCUUUAGGGCGCUUCGAGACCAGGACUAGCAGUGGUACAGACUCUUGCUUCUUAGACAAGAGCCAGCUACUCCGCUCCAGCAGCAGCCCCCUGAAGGAGUCCAGCUCAGUAAGUGGCUUUGCUGCAAAGCGCCGGGAACGGCCUCGAAAGCAAGACUUGCUGCAGCAGGAACCCCUGGCCUUCCCCAGUGGUCCAAGCUUCACAGCACCCAAGGAGGAAACCGCAGGGGAGCCACGCAGCAGAAGUGUCCCAGUGACUGAGGGGCUUGCCCCACAGAUCUGGAGUCACUUGAAUGCCAGCUCCUCCCGGAAGAGCUACCGGCCUGCCUCAGUGGAGCCCUGGAUUGAUCCGCUAAAUGCCUUUGAGGAAGUUGCCAGUACAGAGAUGAGCCUGUCAGACAGUGGCGUGGACCUCAGCAGUGACUCACAAGUCUCUUCAGCUACCUGUAGCCAGCGUAGUUCUCCUGAUGGGGGCCUGAAGGCUACACCAGACACUGGGGCCGAACACGGUGGAGCUGUGGGCAAGCAUGAUGAAAACGCCGCAUCCAUUGGCUCCGAGGGAGCAGAACCUAAAGAGCAGAGAAGACGGCUGCCAGCCAGAGACUCCGUUCUGCUCAAGGAUAAGAAGGUGAGCAGUUCCCCUGAGCCACCCCGUGAACACCCACCCCCUGGGGCAAUUGGCACAGAGCGUUCCCAGCGAGCCGAGAAGGCAAAAGACAGCACAGAGGGGGUGGGGGUGGUCAAGUCUGAGCCAAGCCCCCAGCUGGAGCCCCCUGGGGCUGGCCCGCCCAUCCAGUUUGGAGCCAGUGACAAGGAUACAGAUCUUCGCUUCAUGGUGAACGAAGGAUCAAAAUCAGACAAAGAAGAGUUGCACCAGGCACUUGCAGAGGGGCUGACCUCAGCCCCCAGAGAGUGGGAGCUGCUCCCUCCGGCGCCCCCCAGCCACAGGGCAUCCCCCGAGGUACCUUCUGGUCGUACCUGCGAGCCCAAGCCUUUCCCUGUUGCCCCAGUUGCUGCCUCCUGUCUACACGGACUGCCAGCAGACACUUCUGUGUUCUCAGGUGAGAGGGGCCAGGGCCAGCGACUGUACCCGGAGCUGUUUUAUGGGAACCAGGUCCCCACCACUCAGCUUGAGUCGCAGCUUCACAGUGCCGGUGGCGGGAACAGCUUCCGUCCAAACACCCCUUCUCUGCACACUUACAGGUCCCAGCACCUCUAUCUUCAACCCAGCCCAGCGCCCACCUCUCCAGCUCAGACGGCAGCAGGCGCAGUGCUGCCCAGUUCUGCCUUGCUCUCGGGGGUAGCCCUGAAGGGUCAGUACGUGGAGAUCUCAGCCCUGCAGGCCACUGAGCUUCCCAAGCUGCCAGCGACAGGCUUGUUGUACCAAGCACCCCCUCCCUCCUUCAUAUACAGUUCGGCCUUCUGUGGCAGCCAGUUGGCUCCGGAGCAAGCCUUGCUUCAGGUACGCCAGGAACUUGCAUCUCCCUCUGACUUCUACCCAGCCCCCCUGGGACAAGGCAGCCAGAGCAGUUUCCUGACAGCCACAGCCCCUGCCCAGCAGGUGCUGUUGCCAGUGGUGGAGCCCCCCCAGCUGCCCCCUGUGGUGAACUUUGGCUCCCUGCAGCAAGCGCCACCUACUGCCGCUGCACCGCCACCACCUCCCCCCAUGCCCUUGGUGCCUGUGGCCACCCAGGCCCUGCGGCCGCCAGGACAACUGGCUGGGCGCCUCGUCUCUCCAGCUGUGCGGGCCUUUCCUCAUGGCGCAGUGGGCCGGGGCGAGCUUCAUGCUCUGGAAAUGAAGCCACUGCAGGACUACAGGAAACUCAAUGGCCUGGGGUCUGCAGGGGCCCGGCCCCCGCCAGGGGGCAGGCCUUUUGCUGGAGGCUUUAAUGCUCGGCUGAAGUCCCCUGGGUCUGGCUAUGGUGGCAUCUUUCGUGCCCAGCGCUUUGAGGUCUACCAGCAGUCCGAUGUCCUUCGCUGGACUCCUCGUGCCUGGGAGCGAGCAGCUCAACCACGAGAUGGAGCUCCAAUCCGCCGCCUUGAGCCCGAUGUCCGCACCCAUUCUGACAAACAAGACCCUGGUUUCUCCAACCACCACUAGCCCAGGAUGCCGACGCCCCUCCUCUUUGAUUCUUAGCCCCCCCCCUCGAAGGGGGGGCUGCAGGGGCUCAUUCCUCUUCUUGGUGUAUCCUGAGCAUGGAAUGUCUCCUUAACUCCCUUCCUGUUUAUGUGAGGGGUGACACUGGAAUUUGCCCCAUCAGUUAGGGGUGUUAAACACUUAGAGGGGUGCUCAGUGUGGAAUUUUGAGGGGGGCAAGGAUCAGGAUUUUGGGAGGCUCCCAGCUGAAUGUAUUUUUGCUUAUAUCCUUUGGUUUCACCUGAGUUUAUUUUUUGGUGGGGGGUUAUAAUUGCCCUUGGAUCAGAGGGGAGGCGCUCUGAGGUGUGGAGUGUAAAUAUAUAUAAAUAUGAACAUGUGGGAACUUGCCUCUUCCCCCUUCAGUUGGGAUGGGGGAGGCUAGGCUGGGAGCCUGCCCUCCUCCUCCUGUCCAUUUGCACCCCUGAGUUUGAAAUAGGAAGCGUUACAUUUUUAAAAGGUGGUCGAGCUGGUUUGUUUAAUAAAUAAAACCAAAAAAAAUUGUUUAAAAAAACAAUAAAAUACGAAGUAAAGCUGG